CUACAGGGGAAUUAGUUGACCGAGUGUGGUAAAAUUGUGAUUGAAAGGCUAUAAAAAGUCCGGACAGAAAACAAUCGGACAUCCAGUCAAUUGCAGAAAAAAAGAGGCCUUGCUUCUCUUUGCUGUCAUCUAGAGAUCACAUAUUUCCUACUCGGAACAGCAGAAACUUUAAAGAGAAGAACACGCCGUUGUCCAAGGCAAUGAAGGAAAGCGGAGGAAUCAGGCCCCCAAGUGAACUCGGAAGCACUCAAGGUGUGUUACUCUAAUGGUAAAUGUCUAUAAGGCAUUACACGAUAGAGACAUCGAAGGAUAGAGCGUCGCAUGUCCGGGCGGAAGAGCGGCACGUAGUCGCUUGAAGGAGGAAGGGUCGGAUUGAGCGCGCUUCGGGGUCCUCCUUCCGCGGAGGCUUUGAUUACCAUGGCGGACGCUCAGCCUGUUUGCAGCUUCCUCUUCAAGAAGCGUCGCUCAGCGCCUGGGAGGGGUCAACGGAAGAGGCCGAGCAGCGACCAGGAGCCCGGUAGCAGCAGUGAUGAAGGUAGCACUGUGGUCAGGAAGGAGCGAAGAAAGGAAGUUUCCAACCCCAUGAUUCAAAAGACGAAAAGAAGCAUGAAGACAAACACCUCCUAUGGGUCAAGCAGUAGUGAUGAUGAUAACAAACCUGAAGGAAUUGGAAUUGCGUAUAAAUCAACGCGAUCUGCGAAACCUGUGGGUCCGGAGGACAUGGGAGCAACAGCUGUAUAUGAACUGGACACAGAGAAGGACAAAGAUGCCCAAGCCAUUUUUGAACGUAGCCAACAAAUCCAGAAGGAACUUCAAGGAAAGGAAGAUGAUAAGAUUUAUCGAGGGAUUAAUAAUUAUCAAAAGUAUGUAAAGCCAAAAGAUACUUCCAUGGGAAAUGCUUCUUCAGGUAUGGUAAGGAAGGGACCAAUCCGAGCCCCAGAACAUCUCAGGGCCACUGUGAGGUGGGAUUACCAGCCUGAUAUAUGUAAAGACUACAAGGAAACUGGGUUUUGUGGCUUUGGAGAUAGCUGUAAAUUUCUGCAUGACCGAUCAGAUUAUAAGCAUGGGUGGCAAAUUGAGCGGGAACUGGAUGAGGGACGCUAUGGACUUAAUGAUGAUGAAAAUUAUGAAGUAAGUAGUGAUGAGGAUGAACUGCCUUUCAAGUGUUUUAUUUGCCGAAGCUCCUUCAAGAACCCUGUGGUAACCAAGUGUAAACAUUACUUUUGUGAAAGCUGUGCCCUGCAACAUUAUCGCAAGUCUCAGCGAUGUUAUGUAUGUGACAAACAGACUAAUGGUGUCUUCAAUCCAGCCAAAGAACUGGUAACAAAACUGGAAAAAUGUAAGGCUGAAGAAGGUCCCCCUGAAGAUGCUGGAGAACCAGAGUAGCAUUUUUUUUUACCAUUCUCAUGUCUUACAUCCUUCAGAAAAACAAUUUGAUUGCAGAAUAAAUAAUUUAUAGAAAAAUUAGUUGAUCAAUCAUGCUUUGUGCUUCAACAUAAAUUGUGAACAACUUUAUAGACCAGGAUAUAUUUAUGUUAUAUGUAGAUAGUAAGGAAUAUUAUUAAAACAAAACAAUUCAUUA